GUCUACCUUAGAUUGUCCCCCCGAUUAAAGACCCAUCUCCACCGACACUCUCCAUCUUCAUCUGCAGCGCGUGGUCUUACUCGAUCGAUUCAUCUGUCCUUCAUUCGGUAGAUUUUUCUUCUAUUUUGUGAAUCACCGCAGUUGAUCACCUUCUGAUUCCAUCAUUCGUCGAUAUUCCUCGAGUCACAGCCAUUGGCGAGUCACUACCAUCAUGGCCGGCGACAGAGCUCCGGCGCGCACGCCUGCAAAGGCCACGAAGCCAGCAGCUUCUACUUCCUCAGCCAAGCAGCGAUCAAUCGUUUCCUUCUUCCAAAAAGCUGCACCCUCGACGCCUGCGGCUGCUUCGUCCCCACUGUCAAAGGUUACUCCCAGCAAACCGUCGUCCUGUCUCAAGGAGACCACCAAGGCCAACUCUCUUCCCAAGGCGAAGCUUCCUCUCAAGCCCUCCUUCAAGCUUUCCACCCCUGUUGCUAGCAGUGACGCGAUCGAACCCCCGAGUUCUCAGGAAAACAUGGAGUCCAGUGUCAAGGCUUCCACCCACACGAACAAUGCUCUCCCCAGCAGUCCGACUCGCAAGGUCAAGAAGGUCGUUGUUAGCUACGCCGAGUCCUCCGACGAAGACGAGCCAUUCAAAUACAACAAUGCAUCCGCAACCCGCCGGCGAACAAGAGCACGACCGGUUGUCAAGGAUGAGGACGACUAUGACGAGGAAGCUGAGGAUGCGGCUGAAGAUGAUGAUGAUAUAGACGACUUCGUCGUCUCCGACGGAUCCGAUGAUGACCAGCCCCGACCCACGAAGCGCAAGCGACCUACAAAGCCCCAAGCAGCUCGGAAGCGAUCGAAUCUCUCGUCGCCCGUCCCACCGCGACCAAGCAAUGAUGAGUUUGAGGACGACGACAUCAUGGACGACAUUAUGGAGGGUAUCCCCGAAACCUCUACUGCGGUUCAGUGGAACUAUAAUCCCUCCUCAACAGAGAAGCACCCCGUCACGAAGCCUGCCCAACGCGCCGCCAGGGAUCCCAAGUUCAAGGAAAAGGCACACACCAAGGAGCCCGAGGACAGAUAUCCAUGGCUAGCCAACCCCAUGGACAAGGAGAAGCGAACGCCAACCGACCCUGAGUAUGACGCCAGGACAAUCUUCAUUCCUCAAUCCGCGUGGAACAAGUUUUCUCCUUUUGAGAAGCAGUAUUGGGGAAUCAAACAGAACCUGUGGGAUACUAUUGUCUUCUUCAAGAAGGGCAAGUUCUACGAGCUCUACGAGAAUGAUGCCACUAUUGGACAUCAGGAAUUUGACUUCAAGAUGACUGACCGCGUCAACAUGCGGAUGGUUGGAGUCCCUGAGAGCUCUCUCGACCACUGGGUCAACCAGUUCAUCGCCAAACAGUACAAAGUAGCCCGUGUCGACCAGAAGGAGACCAACCUGGGCAAGGAGAUGCGAGAACGACAGGAGAAGAGCGGCAAGAAGGCAGACAAGGUUAUUUCUCGCGAGCUCGCCUGUGUCUUGACCGCGGGUACUCUUGUUGAUGGCGGUAUGCUUCAAGACGACAUGGCCUCCUACUGUGUUGCCAUCAAAGAAUCCGUCAUCGAUGAUCUGCCCGCGUUCGGUAUUGCUUUUGCCGACACUGCUACUGGCCGGUUCUAUCUGUCCAGUUUCGUGGACGACGUCGAUCUGACCAAGUUUGAGACAUUGAUCGCGCAGACGACCCCGAGAGAGCUUCUGCUCGAAAAGUCUCGCCUGUCAACCAAAGCGCUGCGAAUCCUCAAGAACAAUACUAGCCCCACCACAAUCUGGACCCAUCUCAAGCCCGGAACCGAGUUUUGGGAGGCCGACACAUUCCGCCGUGAGCUCGAUUGUGGCAAGUAUUUUGUCGGCGAGGACGGACAAGAAGAGGCAUGGCCAGAGGCUCUGCAGCAACACAAGGACGAUGACAUUGUCAUGUCGGCGACUGGGGCACUGGUCUCAUACCUUCGCUUCCUCAAGCUGGAACGCCCGCUCUUGUCGCAGGGCAACUUUGAGGCGUACAGUCCUAUCCAGCACAACGGCACGUUGGUGCUGGACGGACAGACCCUCAUCAACCUUGAAGUAUUCUCCAACUCCGUUAACGGCGGAACUGAAGGGACGCUGUUCAGUCUACUUAACAAGUGUGUGACGCCCUUCGGUAAGCGCCUUUUCCGUCAGUGGGUAGCACAUCCGCUCUGCAACAUUGACAGAAUCAAUGAGCGUCUGGAUGCUGUUGAUAUGUUGAAUGCGGAUCAGACUGUCCGCGAGCAGUUCGCCUCGCAGCUCGUCAAGAUGCCCGACCUGGAACGUCUCAUUUCCCGAAUCCACGCGGGUGCCUGCAAGCCUGAGGAUUUUGUUCGAGUCCUGGAAGGCUUUGAGCAGAUUGAAUACACCAUGGAACUCCUUUCCGCCUUCAAGGGCGGUAACGGUAUUGUGGAUCGUCUCAUCUCUUCGAUGCCAAGCCUUGAAGAUCCCCUCAGCUACUGGCGGACUGCUUUCGAUCGUCACAAGGCUCGUGAUCAGAAGAUCUUGAUCCCGGAGCGCGGCAUCGACGAAGAUUUCGAUGAGAGUCUGGAUAAAAUCGACGGCAUCAAGGAACAGCUUGCUGACCUUCUGAGUGAGAAGAAGAAAGAAUUCAAGUGCAAAACGCUCAAGUAUACCGACAUCGGUAAAGAGAUUUACCAGGUGGAGGCCCCUAAGAGUGUUAAGGUCCCCUCCAGCUGGCGUCAAAUGUCGGCGACAAAAGAUCUCAAGCGAUGGUACUUCCCGGAGCUGAGCAAGCUCGUCCGGGAGCUGCAGGAAGCUGAAGAGACCCACUCGCAGCUUGUUCGAGACGUGGCUUCGAGGUUCUUUAAGAAGUUUGACGUUGACUACGACACCUGGCUGCAAGCGAUUAAGAUCAUCUCUCAGCUCGACUGUCUUGUCAGUCUCGCCAAGGCUUCUGCAUCGCUUGGCCACCCAAGCUGCCGGCCUCAGUUCGUUGAUCAGGAGCGAAGCAUUGUUGACUUUGAGGAGCUGCGACAUCCCUGCAUGAUGAACAAUGUGGACGACUUCAUCCCCAACGACAUCAAGCUGGGUGGCGACCAAGCCAAGAUCAGUCUGCUCACCGGUGCCAACGCAGCUGGAAAAUCCACCAUUCUUCGCAUGUCAUGCACUGCUGUCAUCAUGGCGCAAGUUGGUUGCUACGUUCCUUCUAUUUCAGCACGUCUCACGCCUGUCGAUCGUAUCAUGUCUCGUCUGGGAGCCAAUGACAACAUCUUUGCAGCACAGUCCACUUUCUUCGUGGAGCUGUCCGAGACGAAGAAGAUCCUUUCAGAAGCCACGCCCCGGUCGCUGGUUAUUCUGGAUGAGCUUGGCCGAGGAACUAGCUCGUACGAUGGUGUCGCCGUGGCCCAGGCCGUGCUUCACCAGGUUGCUACCCACAUUGGUUGCGUGGGCUUCUUUGCCACGCAUUACCACUCACUAGCCACUGAGUUUGAGAACCACCCCGAGAUUCAAGCGCGAAGAAUGAAAAUUCAUGUCGACGAAGCAGAACGCCGGGUCACGUUCCUCUACAAGCUUGAGAACGGAGUUGCCGAGGGUAGUUUCGGUAUGCACUGCGCUGCCAUGUGUGGCAUCUCCAACCGGGUGAUCGAGAGAGCAGAGGUGGCAGCCAAGGAGUGGGAGCACACAAGCAGACUCAAGGACAGCCUGGACAAGGCCAAGACGGGUUGUUAUAUCCCGCUGGGCAUUCUCAGUGAUGUCGGCUCGCUGCUGGGAGACAAGGGUGACGUGAAGGCGAAGGGAUUAGAUGUCCUUCUGAAAGCCAUUGAGGCUCUGUAAUAAGGAUAGAAUCGUUUAGGGCUGGGAUCUCCAAGGCGCGAUGGAUGUUUGUACAGUAGUGGCAGGGCAGGGUUUGAGCCUCUGAUAAUGGUGCCCUGGAGGAUAUAUAACGCACGCAAUGGGCUGCGUGUGACUACGAGACGGGGAGUUUGACCAAAUGGGAUCGGAUUAAUGCACGGAGUUCCUGGUGUUCAACAAAUACAAGUGGUGGAUUCAUCUAUGCCUGAAGUACAAUCGCCGUGUCUUCAUCCAAACCAACAAAGUCAAUCGACUGCGAAGCACAUUCGGUUGAGCCCCAAAAACGAGAAAAGC